AUGGCUGGCAGACCGACGUACGAAAUCGGAGCUACUUGGAACAGCGAGCACAACACAGACGUUAAAUUAAAUGUCUCUGUAGGCGACAAGCACUUCCGCAUCGACCUUUUCACUGCAAAUUUUGAAGCCAAUCCAAAACUGCUGAAGGAGUACCUGCUUCAUGUCGAACGCUCAGACCCAACGUACAUACCACCGUCGCUAGAAGAGUUGGAUAACGAUGAAUUUUUCGUAUACACCCUGCAGGUGGCUGGCGAUGAGUUGGUUCCGGUCCCGCGCGAUGUUAAUCCAGAUAGUCGUUUAGUUGGUGUGCUACUUCCUGCCUCCAAAACGCUCGAUAAGUCUACGCUCCUAGUCUACCGUCCUAACGAUAUCCACGUGCGGCUCAACGACGAUGCGGUGGCCUUACCAACGAACCCUCGUAAGGUGUACAUUAAGGGAAAGCAUGUCUGCUUUUUUAAGCAGAUACUAGCGGGAGACGUUGGCAUGACAGUUACGGAGCUCGCUACCUAUACCAAGAUUAAUGCGGCUAAGCUUGGCGAAGACGUGCGCGUUUCCCGUCUCCUCGGUGUAGUAGAAGAUGAGCACACCUCAAGGAUCGUUGGACUGCUGCUGUCGUAUAUCGAUUGCGAGAACAUGACACUGUCCUGUGCGGCACAGGCUGGCGAGCGCACGUCACACGACAAAUGGCUGAAGCAGAUAACACAUUCUCUAAAAGAGCUUCAUCAUGAAGCACGCCAAAUUGUCUGGGGAGAUGCAAAGCCUGAUAACGUUCUUAUCGGCGUGCAUGAUGACGCAUAUUUGGUUGAUUUUGGAGGUGGUUACACGAAUGGUUGGGUAGACAAGGAGUUAAUGAAUACUCAAGAAGGCGACUUGCAGGGUCUUCAGCGUAUAGCGGCAUAUCUCGCUGGAUUAUCUGUAUGA